CAGUGAUGUGUUAAUUGGCUGGGAACUGGAAAAGAAGAAGAAAAUGAAAGAGAGAGAAAAAUAAUAAAUAGAGAAGAAGACCGAAGUGGGUCAGAAGCACACGUUAUGAGCAGGCAAAUUCAUGUGCCCACAUGGAUGAUUCGAGAAGCCAUUGCAGAAUUUGUGGAAACGAAGAGCAGCCAAGAAACAACAGCGAAACGAGCAAGAAGAAGAAGAAUCACCACCGAAUUCUUCUUAGAUAUUCUCAAUUUCUGAAUUGAAUCAUUUAAUUUUGUUGAUUCCAGCCACCGAUUCCUGUCCAUUAUACUGCUCUGAUUUGCCGCCAACUUGAAAGGAAUCGAAAUCGGAGAUGAAGGACAACAAUGAUGGGUUUGUGCGAGCGGAUCAGAUUGAUCUCAAGAGCUUGGAUGAGCAGCUUGAGAGGCAUCUCAACAGAGCCUUGACGAUGGAGAAGAACAAAAAGAAAGAUGAAGAUGGUAACAGCUUUCUCACUUCCGCUGCCAUGGCUCGCAGUAGGUCUACUAAAGUCGCUGCUAAGGAGCGGCUGGAGUGGGAGAUCGAUCCGUCCAAACUGAUAAUCAAGAGCGUCAUUGCUCGUGGUACUUUCGGCACCGUCCACCGCGGCGUUUACGACGGACUAGAUGUCGCCGUCAAGAUGCUGGAUUGGGGAGAAGAGGGUCACAGGACAGAAGCUGAAAUUUCUUCACUAAGGGCAGCUUUCAAACAGGAAGUUGCUGUUUGGCAUAAACUCGAGCAUCCCAAUGUUACUAAGUUUAUAGGAGCAACAAUGGGCUCAGCGGAGUUACAGAUCCAAACUGAAAAUGGUCUAAUAGGCAUGCCAAGUAACAUAUGUUGUGUUGUGGUGGAAUAUCUCGCUGGAGGUGCCCUAAAAUCUUAUCUCAUAAAGAACAGGAGAAGGAAGCUAGCUUUCAAGGUGGUUGUCCAGUUGGCACUUGAUCUUGCUAGAGGAUUGAGUUACCUUCAUUCACAGAAGAUCGUUCACAGAGAUGUAAAGACAGAAAACAUGCUGCUGGACAAAACACGUACGGUUAAAAUUGCUGAUUUUGGCGUUGCUAGAGUUGAGGCCUCAAAUCCCAACGACAUGACCGGGGAGACUGGGACACUUGGUUACAUGGCUCCUGAGGUUCUCAAUGGCAACCCAUAUAACAGGAAGUGUGACGUGUACAGUUUCGGUAUCUGCCUUUGGGAAAUUUAUUGCUGUGACAUGCCAUAUCCCGACCUUAGUUUCUCCGAAGUGACUUCUGCUGUGGUUCGUCAGAAUCUGAGGCCAGAGAUACCGAGAUGUUGCCCGAGCUCUCUAGCAAAUGUGAUGAAGCGAUGCUGGGAUGCAACCCCGGACAAGCGGCCCGAGAUGGACGAAGUAGUUUCCAUGUUGGAGGCCAUUGACACAUCCAAGGGUGGAGGUAUGAUCCCUGUUGAUCAAACUCAAGGUUGUCUAUGCUUUCGAAAAUAUAGAGGGCCUUAAAGAUUUGUUUGUUUGAAUUGGAUACAGAAAUCUGGUAAAAUUAUUUUGAAGAUGAAAGGGAAAAAUCAUAAUGUGAUUGUGGUAAUGACAAAUAGAAGAAGUAGGAAUAUAUAUAUAUAUAUAUAGAUAUAUAUAUCUAUUGAGGUGAGGCUAGUAGUAUAAUAGAUUAUGGUGGUGGGUACAUAAACCAGGGACUUUGCUGCCUUUCACUUUGCCAUUUGAUGUAAGCCUUUUGUAAUGACAUCAAUUGAAUGAAUUGUAUGAUUAAAAUGCAAAAA